AUCAUGCAAAACCAAAGUUUUGUAACUGAAUUUAUCCUCCUGGGACUUUCACAGAAUCCAGAGAUUCAGAAAAUAAUAUUUGUUAUAUUUCUAUUUGUCUACAUUGCAACGGUCAGUGGGAACCUGCUGAUUGUGAUGACCAUCUUGAGCAGUCCAGCGCUCCUGGGCUCCCCCAUGUAUUUCUUCCUGGCUUUUCUAUCCUUCCUGGACGUGUGUAUCUCCUCUGUCAUAGCCCCAAAGAUGAUUGUUGACCUCCUCUAUGAAAAGAAAACCAUCUCCUUUGGAGGCUGUAUGACCCAGCUCUUUGUUGGACACUUCUUUGCUGGGACAGAGGUGAUUGUCCUCACAGCCAUGGCCUAUGACAGGUAUGUGGCCAUCUGCAAGCCUUUACACUAUUCUUCCAUCAUGAAUGCAAGGCUCUGUGGCAUUUUAAUUGGAGUAGCCUGGACAGGGGGCUUUCUGCAUUCAAUUAUACAAAUUGCCUUUACUUCUCAGCUACCGUUCUGUGGCCCAAAUAUCAUUGAUCAUUUUAUGUGUGACUUAUACCCAUUACUGAAACUUGCCUGCACUGAUACUUAUGUCUUUGGUCUUUUGGUGGUGGCCAACAGUGGAUUCAUCUGCAUCCUAAUCUUCGCCAUGUUGCUUGUGUCUUAUGGGGUCAUCUUGUUUUCUCUGAGAAGACACAGCACUGAAGGACAGAGAAAAGCCCUCUCCACCUGUGGAUCUCAUGUUGCUGUUGUGGUUAUGUUGUUUGUCCCGUGUAUAUUUGAGUACGCACGGCCUCCAUUUGCUUUCUCUUUUGAUAAAAUGGUGGAGAUAUUCUACACCAUGCUAACUCCUCUGCUGAAUCCUUUGAUUUAUACUUUCAGGAAUAAGGAAGUGAAGAAUGCCAUGAGCAAAUUGUGGAAAAGAGUAACCAUUGUGUCUGACAAAAAAUGA